AUGGCAGAGAAGCUAGCGCUCCCUCUUCUACUACCAAAUCCACCGCACACGAAACCCUUCUUUCAAGAACAACAACCCCAUACCAAACAACCCACCUUACCUCCUCCGCAACUACAAGCACCACCACCCUUAACCCCUCUCCUGCAAGACCUCAUCCAACCCCAGAACCCUACAAAAAAUUCCACACAAACCCAACCUUUCCAAUCCCCAAAUUUGACCACCGCCAUCCUCAGAACACGACGUCGUAUUGGCAGACACCGCGACACCAACAAGGGCAAGCCGUGGUCUCACUACCGCCUCUCCCCACUAGGUGAGCGAACCCUCCAAACCCUUCUGAACCCAGAAUUUGAUAUCGCCAAAGUUAAUGAAACACUGCUUGAAUUAUGCAAUUCACACCAACAAGAAAAAGAAGAAUUGUGUGUAGAGUCUUUGCGUUUUGAUAUUUUAGGAAUUAUUAAGGGUUUAGGGUAUUAUAAGAAAUGUGACUUGGCAUUAAGUGCGUUUGAAUGGGUUAAGAAUCAGAACGAUUCGGAACUUUUGUUAAAUGGGUCUGUUGUUGCUGUCAUCAUAAGCAUGCUUGGCAAAGAGGGCCGGGUUUCAUCUGCAUCUUCUUUGCUUCACAAUUUGCAUAAAGAUGGCUUUGGUAUUGAUGUUUAUGCUUACACUUCUUUGAUAACUGCUUGUGCUAGUAAUGGGAGGUAUAGAGAGGCUGUCUUGGUUUUCAAAAAAAUGGAGGAAGAGGGUUGCAAACCUACUUUAAUUACAUACAAUGUGAUUUUGAAUGUGUAUGGGAAAAUGGGUAUGCCAUGGAAUAAAAUUAUUUCGGUGUUUGAUGGUAUGAAGAGCUCUGGAGUUGCCCCUGAUGCAUAUACAUAUAAUACCCUUAUAAGUUGUUGUCGGCGUGGAUCAUUGCAUGAAGAAGCUAAAGAUAUAUUUGAGGAGAUGAAAUUAGCAGGAUUUGAGCCUGAUAAGGUUACUUAUAAUGCAUUGUUGGAUGUCUAUGGUAAGUCUCGGCGGCCUAAGGAAGCCAUGGAGGUUUUGAGGGGGAUGGAUGUUAAUGGGUUUUCUCCUAGCAAUGUGACUUACAAUUCGCUAAUAUCAGCUUAUGCUAAAGAUGGUUUGUUAAAUGAAGCAGUGGAGUUAAAAGUCGAAAUGGUGAAAAAAGGGAUAAAGCCAGAUGUGUUUACUUAUACAACUCUGUUGUCAGGAUUUGAGAAGGCUGGGAAGGAUGAGUCUGCAGUGAGGGUUUUUGACGAGAUGAGAAGUGCAGGUUGUAAUCCAAAUAUAUGUACCUUUAACGCUCUUAUUAAGAUGCAUGGCAACAGGGGAAAAUUUACGGAAAUGAUGAAGGUUUUUGAAGAGAUCAAGGGCAGUGGAUGUACCCCAGAUAUUGUCACUUGGAAUACUCUUCUGGCAGUCUUUGGGCAGAAUGGGAUGGAUUCUGAAGUGUCUGGAGUGUUCAAGGAAAUGAAGCGAGCAGGGUUUGUAGCUGAGAGGGACACUUUCAAUACCUUGAUCAGUGCUUAUAGCCGCUGUGGGUCUUUUGACCAAGCAAUGGCUGUUUAUAAGAGAAUGUUGGAAGCAGGGGUCUCUCCAGACCUAUCCACCUACAAUACUGUUUUAGCAGCAUUGGCGCGGGGAGGGCUUUGGGAACAGUCUGAGAAAGUGCUCGCUGAAAUGGAGGAUGGUCGAUGUAAACCUAAUCAGCUGACUUACUGUAGUUUGCUUCAUGCUUAUGCUAAUGGGAAGGAAAUUGAACGGAUGCAUGCUCUUGCACAAGAUAUAUAUUCUGGAAUUAUCGAACCCCAUGCUGUGCUUUUGAAGACCCUUGUUUUAGUCUACAGUAAAAGUGACCUGUUAAUGGAAACAGAGCAAGCUUUCCUGGAGUUGAGAAGAAAAGAUUUGUCGCCUGACAUAACUACUCUCAAUGCCAUGGUUUCCAUUUAUGGUCGAAGGCAAAUGAUUACCAAGGCAAAUGAGAUAAUAAACUUCGUGAAUCAGAUGGGGUUCACUCCUAGCUUGACCACGUACAAUAGUUUGAUGUAUAUGUACAGCCGAUCUGGAAAUUUUGAGAAAUCUGAAGAAAUACUGAGAGAUCUUUUGGCAAAAGGAAUCAAGCCAGAUGCUAUUUCUUAUAACACCGUGAUAUAUGCAUAUUGUAGAAAUGGUCAGAUGAGAGAGGCCUCACGGGUCUUCAAGGAAAUGACGGAAUCUGGGCUUGUUCCAGAUGUGAUCACAUAUAACACCUUUGUUGCAAGUUAUGCAGCCAAUGGAAUGUUUGUGGAUGCCAUUGAUUUGGUUCGAUACAUGACCAAGCAUGGCUGUAAACCAAAUGAGAGCACAUACAACUGCAUCUUGGAUUGGUAUUGUAAGCUUGAUAGGAGAGAUGAAGCAAUAAUGUUUGUUAAUAACCUGCGUAAGCUUGAACCCCAUGUAUCUAAGGAGGAAGAAUGUAGAUUGUCAGAAAGAUUGACAAGUAAGUGA